UUCCGAUCAGACAAUCUGUAUCAGUAUCGAUCACAAAGUACCGAUAAUUAAACAUGUCUCUUCAAGGUAAGGUGGAGGCUGAAAUUGAACUCACAUCACCUGCUGACAAGUUCUACAACAUCUUCAAGAGUCAAGCUCACCACGUCCCAAACACUUCUGCAAGUGGUACCAUAACCGGAGUUGCGGUGCAUGAAGGAGACUGGGAAACUGAAGGAUCUAUUAAGAUUUGGAAUUACGAAAUAGAGGGCGAGGUUGGGACAUUCAAGGAGAAGGUGGAGUUCGACGAUGUGAACAAGGCUGCAAUUGUCCAUGGGUUGGAAGGAGAUGUGUUUCAGUAUUACAAGAGCUUCAAGGGCGUCUAUCAAUUCACUCAAAAGGAUGAGGGUUGCAGCAUUGCAAAUCUGUCCAUUGAAUAUGAAAAACUGAGUGAGGAGGUUGCAGCGCCGGAUAAGUACAUCCGCCUGAUGACUAACCUCGUCAAGGAUCUUGAUGCACACUUCAUCAAGGCCUAAAGAGGAAUAAUCGAUCAGCUAGCAUGCAUGCAAUACGAGAGCGCGCUUUCAUCAAUAGCUACUGCUGGGUUUAAUUAGUAAAAUAAACAAUAAUCUUCUGUUGUAGUGCAUGCUUUAAUUUGUUCAAAGGAAUAGUAUUGUAAGAAAUGUGUCAAUGGUGAUAUUAUGAUGUAUUGUAUCAUUUGUACGUGUAUCAAGUUUAAUUUGUACCAUUAAAUAUAUUAAUGUUGGUCGUGUAUUAAA